AUGGAGUUUAUGUCAGUUGAUUCAGUAGGGUCUGCUGGUGGGCUUCUCUGUAUCUGGAAUCCUGUAGUUUUUCAGCUCAAGAACUGUUGUUGCAAUCGCAAUUUUAUCCUCUUAGCAGGUUCAAUAUUUUUUUCUUUUAAUUGUGUAAUUGUUAAUGUUUAUGGGCCAAAUGAUCCUGUAGGAAGAAAAAGGGUGUGGGAUAUUCUUGUGAAUCUUAAAUCACAAUUCUUGGAACCAUGGUGCUUGGGGGGUGAUUUUAAUGAAAUUAAAAGCAUUUCUGAAAGAAAAGGUUGCUCUAGGAGGGAUAAGGGUAUGAGGGAGUUCAAUGAAUUGAUAGAGCAACUAGAGGUCUUUGAUCUACCUAUGUGUGGAAGGAAGUUUACUUGGUGUCAUUCACAAGAGGGUGAUAGAUGGAGCAGGCUUGACAGAUUUCUAUUAAAUCCAGAAUGGUUGCAGACUUUCAAUUUUAAGCUUUGGGGUUUACCUAGACUGGUCUCUGACCAUUGCCCUAUUAUUCUGAUGGAGGAUGAGAGGGAUUGGGGUCCUAGACCAUUCAGGGGUGGAAUAAGGAGGUGUUUGGAAAUGUGGAAAUGCAAGCUCAAAGCUACAGAUGAGGAAGUUCAUGCCCUUGAUCUAGUUGUCGAAGCAAGGGUCUUAUCUGCAGAUGAAGUAGCGAGGAAGAGAGAACUGAAAGGUGAUGCUUGGCAGCUAAGUAAAAUGCUGGAGAGGAUGUGGUUUCAAAAAUCUAGACUUAAAUGGGCAUUAUUGGGUGAUCGAAAUACUCCUUUUUUCCAUGCUAUGGCUAGAUGUAGAAGUAAUAGGAAUGCCAUAUGCUCCAUUUUGGUGAGUGGAAUUACUGUAGAAGAGCCUCUAGCCAUUAAAGCUGAGGUGUUCAAACACUUUAGCAAUAUGUUUGAGGAGUCUUGGAGGGUUAGGCCCACCUUAAAUGGCCCCUUUAAGUCAAUUGGGGAAGGCCAUGAUUCAGGAUUUUUGGAAGCGGAAUUUUCAGAGGAGGAAAUCUUAAGUACUAUUAAAUCUUGUGGGGGAAACAAGGCCCUCGGGCCUAGUGUCUCAUCUGUUUAUCAGUGGUUUGAAUUGGGAUUUGGGGCUAAUAGUUUGAUCUAUACAGUUUUGUGGAAAGCUCCAGCUCCACCAAGAGCACAAUUCUUUGGUUGGUUGGUUUAA